AUGAUGUUUAUGCCCGGGGUGUCGAAGGUCCACCGGUCCAGGGACCGCCCGGCCAUAACCAAGGAACAGCGUACCCAAUUGCUGCGGGCCUUGACGGCCGAGAUGAACAAGUAUGUGGUAUGGGAACGCGAACCGGCGGCGCCCACCACAACGGACGGACUUCCCGAUACGGACCUGGUCGACCUUUCUACCGCCAUAGAGGUCCACUGA